AUGUCCUCCCAGCCGACCGCAGCUUCCGCCAAAAGCUUUUCCAAGGGGUCUUCCCAGGGCCCCGCUCCGUGUCCCGCCCCGGCGCCCUCUGACUCGUCCUCCUGCUGCGGCUGCUGCGGCGACUCGGGCUGCUGCGGCGACUCGGGCUGCUGCGGCGACUCGGACUGCUGCGGCUCCAGUUCCACCAGCUGCUGCUGCUUUCCCUCGAGGCGCCGCCGGCAGCGCAGGAGCUGCUGCGGCUGCUGCGGCGGCGGCAGCCAGCGAUCCCAGGCCUCCAGCCGGUCCGGCUGCUGCGGCGGCUGCUGA